UUCUAUGGAUGGCGAAGGAAAAGCUUAGUUGGCACUGAUCUCUCCUUUCCAUAUAGACGUAGCUUACAUUAGGCAGCAAAUAGUCUGUUAUGCAUCGUAAAUAGUGCGUGUUUACAGAGCAUAGUGAAUGCAUGUUUAGCCAUGCGAUGAGGACAGUGCACUUUGCAAGACUUGUGCUGCAGAGAGCCUCCGCAGAUCCCACGACCUGUUGCUGACAAGCUGGGAGAAGGAGAGGUGAGAGCCGCUUGAGAAGGGUAGCCUACUGCCUUGGAGACGAGAGCCGGUGGUUUCUUCACCCGGGAAAUCAUGCAGUUUGCAAUUUGGCUGGUUGGACUCAUGUGUCAUCUGUCAGCACUUGUCCGGAACUCCUUGGAAUACCGAUUGCAUCCGAAACAAGAAAGUUUCAUCAAACAGUUGUCAUCCUAUGAAAUUAUCACCCCGCUGCGGAUAAAUGAUUUCGGAGAAUCAUUCACCCACAAGUUUCACUACAAAAGGAAACGGAGAAGUGUUAAUUCUGAUUAUUCGGAUGGUUUAAGUGCUCACUACAGAAUUGAGGCAUUCGGACAACGCUUUCAUCUCAAUCUCACCGCCGACUCCGGUUUUAUUGCCCCCACGUACACUGUGACACAUUUGGGAGCGGAACACAGCAACGCAACGGAGUCCCAACAACAAGAAGACAGCGAUAUGCGGCACUGCUUUUUCCGCGGACACGUCAACGCCAAGAUUGAAUCCACUGCAGUCUUCAGUCUGUGCACUGGUCUUAUCGGGACUUUUACCACCCAGCAUGGUGAAUACUUCUUAGAGCCCCUGAUGAAGGCGGAGGAGGGGGAGGAGUACGACGAGGAGCACAACAAACCUCACCUCGUCUACAGACAGGACAGGAAGAGGAGAGAGGGCCCUGCCAGUGAACCCACGCAACCCUGUUCAGCCUCAGGGGAAGGGUCGGAAGGUCCAGUUGUCAAUCUUCAGAGCGAUAGGAGUAUGGGAGAAGAGUUGGAUUCCCUGAGAGAUAGAAUGGACAUCCACCACACCGGUUACGAGAUAGACCACACGACAGAGCAUCACAUAGGCAACCACACCACCAACUCCUCAGACCCCCGUCACAGAGCCCCGUCCAGGCAGAAGAGGUUCCUCUCGUACCCCCGCUACGUGGAACUGAUGCUGACUGCUGACGUCAAGAUGGCGCGCCACCACGGACGCAACCUCGAGCACUACAUCCUAACAAUCAUGUCAGUAGUUGCUGCGGUCUACAGCGACCCAAGUGUAGGAAACCUCAUCAACGUCAUGAUUGUCAAGCUGAUCGUCAUCCACAAUGAACAGGCUGGGCCCUCGAUCAAUUUCAAUGCUGCUACUACCCUCCACAACUUCUGUGUCUGGCAACAGACCCAAAAUGUCCAGGACGACAGUCACCCUUCCCACCACGACACUGCACUCCUCAUAACAAGGGAAGACAUCUGCCGAGCGAAAGACAAGUGUGACACAUUGGGGCUGGCGGAGCUGGGGACCAUGUGUGACCCGUACCGGAGCUGCUCCAUCAGCGAAGAGAACGGACUCAGCGCUUCAUUCACCAUCGCUCACGAGCUGGGCCAUGUGUUCAACAUGCCCCACGAUGACAACCCCAAAUGCAGGGAGGCAGGCAUGAAGCACCAGUAUCAUGUCAUGGCGCCCACCCUCAACUACGACACCAGCCCCUGGUCCUGGUCCAAAUGUAGUCGCAAGUACAUCACCGAGUUUCUGGACACAGGGUAUGGAGAGUGCCUAUUGGACGAGCCAGUGAGCAGAACGUACGAGCUGCCCAACCACCUCCCUGGACAGGUUUACAACGCCAACCGGCAGUGUGAGCUCAUGUUUGGCCCCGGCUCCAUGGUCUGCCCUUAUAUGAAACAAUGCAAGAGGCUUUGGUGUACGAGUGCUGAGGGGGACCAUAAAGGGUGUCGGACACAGCACAUGCCCUUGGCUGAUGGGACAGACUGUGGACAUGGAAUGCACUGCAGACAUGGGAAGUGUGUGAACAAGGAGUUGGACCUGCGGCCGGUCCAUGGGGAGUGGGGCCCCUGGGGACCCUACAGUGUCUGCUCCAGGACCUGUGGAGGAGGCACCAGGAGCACCUCCAGAGACUGCAACAACCCUGAGCCCAGGAACAAAGGAAGGUUCUGUGUGGGUCGAAGGAUGAAGUUCCGGUCGUGCAACACUGAGCCGUGUCCCAGAGGACAGAGAGACUUCCGCGAGGAGCAGUGCUCUCAGUUCGACGGCAAGCACUUCAACAUCAACGGUCUACCUCCCACCGUCCGCUGGAUGCCCAAGUACAGCGGUAUUCUAAUGAAGGAUCGGUGCAAGCUCUUCUGUCGGGUUACCGGGACAAUGGCCUACUAUCAGCUGAAGGACCGCGUCAUCGACGGCACACCAUGUGGCCCAGACACCUACGACAUCUGCGUUCAAGGCCUCUGUCGGCAAGCAGGCUGUGACCAUGUGUUGAACUCCAAGGCGAAGAACGACAAGUGUGGAGUGUGUGGAGGGGACAACUCCUCCUGCAAAACCCUCGCUGGGACCUUCAACGACGCCGAGUAUGGUUACAACACAGUAGUUCGGAUCCCUGCAGGAGCCACCAACAUUGAUAUCAAACAGGUCAGCUACUCUGGGAAGCCAGAGGAUGACAACUACCUCGCUUUAUCUGACGGCCAUUCUAACUUUCUCCUGAAUGGGAACUUUGUGGUGGCCAUGUUCAAAAGGGAAAUCACCUUCAAGGGAACUGUCAUUGAGUACAGCGGCUCAGACACCAAAGAGGAGCGCAUCAACUGCACUGAACGUGUUGAGGAGGAACUCAUCCUACAGGUUCUGUGUGUGGGGAACCUGUACAACCCAGACGUGCGCUACUCGUUCAACAUCCCCAUCGAGGAGCACAGGGAACAGUUUGUGUGGGACCCCUCGGGUUCCUGGCUGGAGUGCAGCCGCAUGUGUCAGGGUGAGCGAUGGCGCAAGGCAGCGUGUGUGAGGAAGAGUGACCACCUGGGGGUUUCUGACCAGCGCUGUGAGCCUCUACCCCGUCCCAACGCUGCCACUGAGCCAUGUAACACUGACUGUGAACUCAGGUGGCACAUAGCAGGGAAAAGUGAGUGCUCUGCUAAGUGCGGCCCUGGCUACCGGACCAUGGACGUACAGUGUAUGAGGUACAGCUCGCUGAAGAGGCAGAGUGAGAGGGUGGAGGGGAGGGCCUGUUCUGACCUACCCAAACCACAGGCCAGAGAGGCCUGCCACGGCGACUGUCUGCUCAAGAGCUGGCAGUACAGCAUCUGGUCCCAGUGUUCGAAGACGUGUGGUCGCGGGGCUCGUACCAGGGACUCCUACUGUAUGAACAACCUGGGGAGGAGACUGGUGGACAGGGACUGUAGUGACUCCCUGAGACUGGUCACCGAGAGCUGCAACGACCAGGCCUGCCCUGGCUGGUCAGCCAGCGAGUGGAGCGAGUGCUUGGUGACGUGUGGGAAGGGGAUGAGGCACAGGCAGGUGUCCUGUAGCAUGGGGGUAGGAGAGGAGAAGCUGAGCGAACACUUCUGUGACCCGAGCGCUAAGCCUCCGGCUGUGGGGAGCUGUGAGCUGCCAGAGUGUGCCUCCUGGCAGGUCGGAGUCUGGGGACCGUGUGCGGUGACGUGUGGCCAUGGUUACCAGAUGCGGGCUGUGAGGUGUGUGUCAGGGGCGUAUGGUGACACGGUGGAUGACAGGGAGUGUAACGCUGCAUCCAGACCCAGGGACAGCCAGGACUGUGAGGUGGCACCGUGUCCCUGGGCCUCUCCUCAACACAGCACUGUCCGCCCUGACAGCUCUGGUCAGCUCUUCACACAGUGGAGAUACGGCUCCUGGACCACGUGCUCUGUCUCCUGUGGGAAGGGGAAGCGUGCCCGUUACGUCAGCUGUCGGGACGCCCAGGGUGGAGUGGCAGACGAGUCCUACUGUGCCCAGCUGCUCCGGCCCCCAGAAUCCUCAGCCUGCUUCAGCCCGUGUGGCCAGUGGCGCUCCUGGGAGUGGUCUCCUUGUUCAGUGACGUGUGGUGUGGGCCGGGCCACCAGGCAGGUGGUGUGCAGUAACUACCACCACCAGGUUGACGAGUCCUUCUGUGAUCAGGACGAGAGGCCCAGCACAGAGCAGGAGUGUACAGGUGCCCCCUGCCCCUCCGUGUACCGCCAGAGGCCCAACGACCAGCCCUACAGCCCCCACGACCCCGCCAGCCACCCGGGACACAGCAGCUGGAACGUCCCCUCGGCAGACAACCAGUGGAGGACGGGGCCCUGGGGAGGAUGCUCCAGUACGUGUGCGGGGGGCUUCCAGAGGAGGGUGGUGGUGUGUCAGGAUGCGGAGGGUCGCAGCACCAGCCACUGUGACCAGAGGGUCAAACCUGCCGAGUCCAAGAACUGUGACUCAGGACCCUGCCCUCUGUGGAACUACGGCGUCUGGGGAGAGUGUACCCAGACGUGUGGUGGAGGCAGGAGGACGCGCCAGGUGGUAUGCCAACGGCCCAACGGUCAAAGACUCAACGACCACAACUGUGACAUCCUGGACAAGCCUCCUGACGUGGAGCAGUGUAACCUGGACCUGUGCCCGGGCAGCGCAUCCUGGCACCGCCGACCAUGGAAGCCGUGUUCUGUGAGCUGUGGCCGUGGGACCAAGGAGCGGGAGAUAGCCUGUGUUUACCCAAACCAAACCCGAAUAGAGGAAGAUCGCUGCAGUCAUCUGUCACGUCCCCGGACACAAAAGGCCUGCCGAGCUCGGGGAUGCCCCAGCUGGAAAGCCAACAGGUGGAGCGAGUGCUCUGUCCCCUGUGGAGUAGGGGUCCAGAACAGAGACGUGUACUGCAGACUGAAGGGUACAGGACGGGUAAGAGAAGAGCUGUGUGGUUCCCACAACCAUCCUGCCACUGCCCAGCCCUGCCAGGCUACUGAGUGUCUCCAUUACACCUGGGCAGCCGGAGAGUGGCAAGAUUGUAACGCCACCUGUGGAGAGGGUAUGAGGAACAGGAAGGUUCUAUGCGUGGGGGCUGGGCUGACCCCUGUCCAGGACGCCCUCUGUGACCCCUCGUCUUGCCCUGCCCUGCGCCAGCCCUGCAGUGGAGCAGCCUGCCACUACACGUGGAUGACAGGGGAGUGGUCACAGUGCUCUACCAGCUGUGGAGUGGGCUACCAGCAGCGUAUAGUGUCCUGCUCUGUGAUGCCAUCCUCCCUGACCCUGCACCCAUAUGAUGCCCAGUCCUCUGCACAGUCCCGCCCCCACUGUCCAGAGCCCCACCCUCCUGGCACCAGACAGUGCCUCCUUAGGGACUGCCCACAAGCUGCCUACUGGAAAGUUGGCCCAUGGAGCAAGUGCUCCCAGACGUGUGGAGCGGGAGUGAUGGAGCGCAGGUUGGAGUGUCUGGCCUCUAAAGGCCAACCGUCCAAACACUGCCGUCCAGCCGAGAGGCCCGAGUCACGGGCCGCCUGCCGAGAGAGAGAGUGUCAGCUGUUCAUGUCCUGCAGAGAGGUCCAGAUGAGACAGGAAGUGAGGAUGGAUGGGGAGUUCUACCUGAAGGUCAAGUCCAGGAUACUGCAGAUCUUCUGUGCCGAGAUGCAGACUGAUUUCCCUAAGGAAUAUGUUACUCUGCGGAGUGGUCAGACCGACAACUACUCGGAGGUCUAUGGAUACAGGUUGCUGAACCCUUUUGAGUGCCCGUAUAAUGGCAGCAGAAGGCAGGACUGUGACUGCAGGAAGGAUUACUCUGCAGCGGGAUACACUCUCUUCCAUAAGGUCCGCCUGGACAUCAGCUCCCUGAGGAUAAUGACCACAGACCUGCAGUUCUCUCAGACCCUGCUUGGCCGUCCCGUCCCGUUCGCCACGGCGGGAGACUGUUACAGCGCUGCCAAGUGUCCUCAGGGCCAGUUUAGCAUCAACCUCAUAGGGACUGGUCUGAAGGUGGCUGAGACAACCAAGUGGACCUCACAGGGCAACUAUGUCUCUGUCAAAGUCCACAGAUCAGAGGACGGGGCAAGAAUCUAUGGUCGCUGUGGUGGCUUCUGUGGGAAGUGCAUUCCCCAGCCUCACAACGGCCUGCUGGUUCAGGUCCAGUGAGGGUCAGACCAGGCAGUGAAACAGACACCAGACCAGAGCUUCCGGGGAUCCAAUGCACUUCAUUUGUGAAUGUGGCCACUAACUCCUCCCUUCAUCACCCCUUCCUCCCCACCCGGCAGCUAGAACAUAGGGACAGCUCAAAGAAUCUACACUGAGUAUACCAAAUAUUAGGAACACCUUCCUAAUUGAGUUGCGCUGCCCCCUUUUGCACUCAGAACAGCCUCAAUUCGUCAGGGCAUAGACUCUACAAGGUGUCAAAAGCGUUCCACAGGGAUGCUGGCCCAUGUUGACUCCAAUGCUUCCCACAGUUGUGUUAAGUUGGCUGGA